AUGUCGCCCAUCACGCCGUACAAGAUCAAUGUGCCCGAGGAGAAGAUCCAGCGUCUGAAGCAGCAAAUCGCCCUCGCUGACUUCCCAGAUGAACUCCCCGACGUCGAACCCUGGACUCGAGGCACCCCCUUGUCUGAUCUGAAGCGCCUCGCCGCGUAUUGGAAGGAUGGCUUCGACUGGCGCAAACACGAGGCCAAGCUGAAUGAACUGCCCCAGUUCAUGACCCAGAUCGACGUCGACGGCUUCGGCACCUACGACAUCCACUUCGUCCACGCGCAGAGUCCCGUCAAGAACGCCAUCCCACUGAUCUUUUGCCACGGGUGGCCGGGCAGUUUUGUGGAGAUCACCAAGAUCCUCCCGCUGCUGCUCGACGGCGGGAAGGACGCCCCUUCGUUUCACGUCGUUGCGCCCAGUAUGGUCGACUAUGGAUUCUCGUCAGGGGCCGGAAAGGCGAACUUUCAAUUCGAGCAGCAUGCCGAGGUGGCUCAUAAACUCAUGACCAAGCUGGGCUACAAGCAAUACGUCGCUCAAGGAGGAGACUUGGGCUACUUCGUGGUGCGCUUCCUGGCGAUGCAAUACCCAGAGUCGUGCAAGGCGCAGCACAUCAACAUGUGCCACCCACCCGAGAUCAGCGCCACGUCGCAUCCCGCCCUGUGGGCGCAGUACCAGGCGACUCCGCUGACCGAGUACGAGAAGGCGGGCAUUGCUCGGUCGCGCUGGUUCCGCCAGGAAGGGUUCGGGUACAACCUCCUCCACAGCACGCGGCCCCAGACGGCCGGGUAUGCCAUCACCGCGAGCCCCGUGUCGCUGCUGGCCUGGAUCUACGAGAAACUCCACGACUGGACCGACGGCUACCCGUGGACCGACGACGAGGCCCUCACCUGGAUCAGCAUCUACUACUUCUCGACCGCGGGCGCGGCGGCCUCGCUGCGCAUCUACUACGAGAAAACGCACCGGACGCCCCGGGAGGGAUUCCCCCUGAAGGAGGCCUAUCUCGAGAUCCAGCGCUACGUCGACGUGCCUCUGGGCUACUCGCGGUUUCCCAAGGAAAUCGUCCUGCUGCCGAAUAUCUGGGUGAAGGCCAUGGGUCCCGUCGUGUUCACCAGAGAACAUGAGAAGGGUGGCCACUUUGCCGCCUGGGAGUUGCCCGAGGUGCUGGUCCAGGAUAUCCGCACCAUGUUUGGCAAGCGGAGUGCCGCGCACGGCGUGGUGCAGGGGAAGUCAGGGUAUGAUGAGUAG